GGAUAGAGACCCCACUACAUGCCAAAUUGAUUUCAUUGACAAUAAUGUCACGGUCGUUUUUCGUCGACUCUCUGAUAGUUAAAGAUACCCCGUCUACAGCGGUGGCAAAACGUGGUGACUGUGCAACUAGUCAGUCCCUGGGUAUGACCCCACCAGUGGGGCACAGGCAAUCGAACCCCACUCCCCGCCUUCCUCCGGUGUCACACAGUCUACCCUGCUACCCCCGGCAUCCCCAAGAAAUGAUCAGUUUUUGUUGCCCCCUAUGCGUCCACACACCACACCCUGUGGUCCCCGAGAGUGCAGCGACGGUGCCAAGAAUGGCCUCCACUUUUGCAACAACUUGUCCAACAUCACGAGCGAUGGUAGAGUAUCCAUUCCACCGAAGUCCAAUAUCAGUUCUUGCAUCGAAGGCUGCAAAACGACCAAAAGACAGAGUGACCAACUCUGGAUUUCAGGAACCGAAGAAACCAAAAGCAUCUCCAGCAGGCGUAAGCAGUUCGACAGAGGACUCGAGCAGCAAAAGAAUUCGGACAGCUUUUACAAGUACACAGCUGUUAGAACUGGAAAGGGAAUUUAACUCCAACAUGUACCUAUCGAGACUCAGAAGGAUAGAAAUCGCCACAUAUCUCAACUUAUCCGAAAAGCAGGUCAAAAUCUGGUUUCAGAAUCGAAGGGUUAAAUUCAAAAAAGAAGGUCAUGACGAAACGAAAGAUAAAUGCCGAUGUCUAAGAACAUGUGCUCCAAAGCUGGACAGACGUCGUUUGAACAAACUUCCCGAUGAUCCUGAAAUAAAACAUUCACGUGAUUGUGAUAUUUUGGACAACUUUGACUGUGAGCAAUCGGGGGAUUCGGACCUCAACAUUGACACGUAAUCUUGUCUAUUUUAUCAGUGCAAUACUUCUAAUGUGUUCCAA